UUAACAGUGAUGUUAUGUGACUCGAUUGGUGAUGUAGGGAUCGAGGUGCAUGUGUGUUGUUAAUAGCUUUACAGCAAGAUAAUAUUCAAUAGUUUUUUUUUUUUUCAUUUUAAAAAUGGCCGAAGUUAAAGUAAAACAAGAAUCUACAGAUCCUGUGGACAUCGAAAACAGGAUAAAGGAGCUUUGCAGCCAGUUUCCUCAUGGAAUAACCGACCAGGUCAUACAGAAUGACAUGCCUCACGUAGAGGCUCAGCAGAGGGCCAUGGCCAUCAACAGACUGCUCUCUGUGGGUCAGCUGGACCUGCUUAGGAACAGCAAUGGACUUCUGUAUAGGUUAAAAGAUGCUCAGACAGCAAGUAAAAUGAAGGGAUCUGACAACCAAGAGAAGUUAGUUUAUCAAAUCAUAGAGGAUGCAGGAAACAAAGGAAUCUGGAGCAGAGAUAUCCGCUAUAAAAGUAACCUCCCUCUGACAGAGAUUAACAAAAUCCUGAAGAACCUGGAGAGUAAGAAGCUUAUCAAAGCUGUGAAAUCUGUGGCUGCUUCUAAGAAAAAGGUGUACAUGCUGUAUAACCUUCAGCCGGACCGCUCAGUUACUGGCGGAGCCUGGUACAGUGACCAGGAUUUUGAAUCUGAGUUUGUGGAGGUCUUGAACCAGCAGUGCUUCAAAUUUUUGCAGAGCAAGGCGGAGGCAGCGCGGGACAGCAAGCAGAGCCCUGUGGUGCAGAGGAACAGCUCCUUUGCCACAUCCCACGAGGUGUGGAAGUACAUCUGCGAGCUGGGCAUCAGUAAGGUGGAGCUGUCCAUGGAGGACAUAGAGACCAUCCUGAACACACUGAUCUAUGACGGGAAGGUGGAAAUGACCAUCAUUGUGGCCAAGGAAGGGACAGUGGGCAGCGUGGAUGGCCAGAUUAAGCUCUACAGAGGAGUCAACUGCAUCAUUCAGGCAACAGGCCUGGUGAAAACACCCUGUGGCCUUUGUCCCGUAAGCUGUCAUUCCCGUGUUCCCUCCCUGACAAUAAUGCACUUCACUAGGGCCGCAAAAAAAAAAUCUUUUGUCGACUAAUUAAGUUGAUCAGGCGUUCAACUAAUCAAUUAGCUGGGCCAAAAUACAGGGUUUAAACAAAUAUGUUUUAUUUUACAAAACAUCAAGAAGUGUAUUUUAAGUCAGUGUUGUAGCAAAAAUGAUAGUACUUUCAAAAACACUGUUCUGGCAUAAUGAAAUCUUUGCGAUAAAGUUUGCUGAGCAGGUGGGGAUCCUACUCUAUAACACUGUAUUACCAUGAUACCCCCAAGCCUAGUAGCAAUUUUAAAAACUGUUCAUGAAAAGUUUACCCAUUUCACUAUACUGCUUGUGUUUGCUGCAACGAAUGUCCUCUGCUGGUCUGGUGGAGCAUUAUUGCUGUAGGCAUGUGCCAACCGCGACCGUCUGUAUCCACGGGCAAAUGUAAUAUGGACACAUAUGCACCUCUAUGUCCGGCAUGUAACAGCAUGCGGGAAAGUGAAGUAUGACCGAGUUAACAUUGCUAGGUAGUGAUGUCAUUAUCAUUAUACAGUUUACAUAGCUGUAAUACAACUAAUUGAUGACAGUUGAAGUUUGUUGUGAAAUAUUUUUAUUGGCAAUUAUUGUCCAUGUUAAUGAUGAGUUGCUGUAGCCCUGCACUUCAUACAUGCUGCUUCUGCUGGUUAAAUUGAUACACAGGAAGACCAUUCUGCUUGGCAUUCAAAUGUUGGGGCACCACUUCAGGAACGGAAUGAGAGCAGUGCUGGGUAUAGAUGUCUUACAAAUGGUUGGCUAUUGAAUCCCAGCUGCCACUUAAAAGUGGUUUAUAUGUGGUCAGCUGAGUUAGGGAGGGAUUAGUUUGCAUGCUUCUGGAGAAAUGCACAUUUGAUUUUUUUUUUUUUUAAAACUUUAUUUCAAGUAGUCAUUGUAUGUUCAGUGUUGUACUGAAAUCAGUUGUCAUGAACCUCUGUUGUUGUCAAAUGUCCCCUAUAAUUUAACAGGUAAAUGCUUCUUUGUGUUUUUUCAUAAUCAGUAAGAAUCCUGAAAACAAAGCAUUGAUUGGCUAACGUUGCGGUGUCUGCGUGUCCCAGGUGUUUGCUGACUGCCACGAGGGAGGUGAAAUCUCACCGUCUAAUUGCAUCUACAUGACCGAGUGGCUGGACUUCUAGCUAAGAUCUGCUGCACUUCAGGGAUGGAUCCGCUCUGGGAUGGAAAGCUUGACGUGUUUUCGUAAUGGAGCCAGUGACUUUGGAGAUUUUUUUUUUCUUUUCUUUUUCUUUUUUUAAUUAUUUAUAGUCUUUCUUAUGGAAAGCUUUAAAACUAUGGAAGAUGGUGGGAGGAAAAAUCACUUUCUCCAUAUCAUCCUUUGUUAUUAUUUUUACAUGACGGUGAUCAGUUUCAGUUUCAGAUUGAACUGGUGUCAGUAAAACAUCAAGAGUAUUUGUUCAAUAUUGUAAAUAUUACACCAAACACUGUGUACAAAGCAGCCAAAUAAAGUUUUUGGUUUUCUGUUGUAAAAUA